AUGGAGCGCUAUAAGGAUUCAGUAAUUCCACCAUCAAUAUCUGAUUUUGCACCGUUACGAGGGAUUUGUAUAAGUGAAAAGGGUUCGAGUGGGAGAAACGAAACUUCUCCAACUGAUAGUAUACUUAAAGAACGUGGAAGAAGAGAGAAAAUGAAUGAGAAAUACUCUGUUCUUCGUUCAAUGGUGCCUAGUCUUUUCACCAUUUCUAAGCCAACUAGAGAGAAGAUUUUGUAUGAUACAGUAGACUACAUUGAAUGCCUAGAAGAAGAGAUAAAGAGGUUGGAGGGUAUAAAGAAACUACAAGUGCAAGAACAAAAGGUGGGAAAACAAGUUUCAUCAAGAUUGAACAACCAGAAGUCUGCUGUUGAUAUUACUGUUUCCAGCGGAGCCACAUUCUUUGCAAUUCAAUUACCCUUCAAACCUGGUAUAAUUACCGAAAUUGUUAAGGUAUUUGAUAAGCAUCAAGCAGAAGUUUUGGAGGCAACAAUUUCUGUCGACGACCAGCAAUUGCUAACAUUCACAGUCACAAUAGUUCUUGGGAGAGAUGGAGGUAAUACAAUACAGAAGAUAAAGGAAGAAAUUAUAGCCUUAUAG